AUGGAUCGUCCUCAAGAUUCAAAACAGCUGUCGAAGGGAUCGUUCUCGCCACCCAAACCAAACAAUCCGCAGGCACAACCAGCGAAAACCACACCUGCGACGGCAGCGACGAUCGAGAAGCAGCAACUGGGCCCGGCGGAGGCUACACUAGCAACUACAACCAUCUCCUCCACCACAGCAUCAGCGCCGCCACUACAGCCAAAGACGUCGGCAGGUCAUGAUCUUGAAGGCGCAGAGAAGAGCAAGUCUGGAGGGCAGAAGGAGGAUCAGGAAGGCGGCGAGUUUGUUGAUGUAGGCGUACACAGCGACGAUGAGAAGAAGUUCGACAUGAUGGAGGAUUGUGAGAUUCAGGAGGAGCCGGAGAUUGUUAAACCCGUUAGGAAGGGUGGGAAGGGCAACUGA